AUGAAUUCUACCACUAGACCAAUGAUGCGUGUUUGCUUGGCUGGUUGUUGGUGGAGCAUUGGAUCGUGUGACUUAUAUCCAUUUGUCACUAGGGAGUCACGUGUGCGGGGAGCCGAGCUUUUCCGGAUAGGAUCACCACUCCAGCCAGAGCCGCAAGUAGAGAUUGCCGAUCCAGCCUCUUCUGCUGCUGCGUCUGAAUCCGAUGAUGUUGUUCCAGCGAACCGUCGCCGGCGUAUGGAUAGUGAAGAAGAAGAAGAAGAGGAAGAAGAGAACGAUGAUGAAUCAGCCGCGUCAUCCGACGGGGAAACGCGCACGCCCAGCAAUAUCGACAUGAUGGUGAAGAAGUUGGUGCGGCUGGCCCUGGCGAGCGAGUACUCGCGAUUGCCCAUCCGAAGGACGGAUAUCAGCGCCAAAGUUCUCGGCGAGCAGGGCUCGCGGCAGUUCAAGACCGUCUUUGACCAGGCGCAGAGGGUGUUGCGGAGUCGGUUUGGGAUGCAGAUGGUGGAAUUGCCCGGGAAGGAGAAGGUGACAAUCAGUCAGAGGAGAGCCGCCCAACGCGUCGAGAAACCGUCCACUACCUCCAAUAAAUCCUGGAUAUUGACCAGCACCCUUCCUGCGCCCUACCGAAGUCCGGAGAUAUUACCCCCAACCAAGGCACCGUCCUCCUUCAGCGACAGCACCUACACAGCGAUAUACACAUUCCUGAUUUCGGUCAUAACCCUCUCCGGCGGCUCGAUCGCGGAGCAGAAGCUGGAGCGAUACCUGAAACGCACCAACAUCGACAUGUACACGCCUAUUGACCGGACGGACCGUCUGAUACAGCGUCUCUGCAAGGAUGGGUAUCUCGUCCGGAACCGGGAGACGGACGGCGGGGAGGAAGUGAUCGAAUAUAUGGUCGGGCCGAGGGGGAAGAUCGAGGUGGGCGAGAGCGGCGUGGCCGGGCUGGUCAGGGAGGUAUACGGACGUCCCGACCCGACGACGACCGGCGAAGCCCGCAACGGUACCCAAGAGAACGAAGAGGAAGAUGAAUUCGAAAGGAGACUAGAAAGGAGUCUGGCAGCCAGUCGGCGAGAGAGGGCUCGAGGAGCUGAUACUGGGGAUGAGCCGCCGGACGAGGGGAGGGCGAAUAGGCGAAGUCAGCUCAAUCGACGAAAUACGAGGGGUCGCGCGGCACGGGACGAUGAAGAUUACGAUGAAUGA